AUGUUCUAUGCGAAUAUGCGACCAUGCUACAACACAAAUCCUCCAUCCUUCACCACUAUUGUCUUCAAUUAUCUUAUCACCAUCAAUGUGGAUCUCCUUUCUCAACUUCUCAGCAUUCCCAUUAGUGGUAUCGUAGUCAUGAAUGAAUCUGAAUUUCCAGAUGCUGAGUUCAAUGAGCUGGUCGUUAUCAGGACGCUGACAACCGUUUAUCCUACCGAUCAGCGGAUCAUGGCAAGUGCUAAGGAAAACCGAGUCAUCAGCUACCCCCACUUGAUGUUUGAUCAUAUGCUGUUGCAUGUUGUUGAUGAUGUUGUUCCCCUGCCCGAAGAUGGACUCAACAUUGCGGAUCUUGUUGAGGAUGUCUCCAACAAAGGAAAGCAGAAAGCGGUUCUACACCAUCUGGAUUUUAUUCGCCAAUCCUUUCAACAUGAAAAUGAGGCAAGCACCAGUGGUAAGAUUUCGGAGGAUCCUAAAGAGAAUGAAGAGGAUAUCUCUGACUACAUUACAUCACCACCUUAUCCAUUCUAA